UUGCCAGCACGCACGAAAACACGACACGAAAAAAAACCCACCUCUGGGCCAAAAAGUCGGACAUACUUAUAUUGCAAGCGCGAAAAUGUGAAUUUCGCAAUUGAUUUAAAACGUCCAAAAACCGAGCUCAAACAGGCACAAACUUGUCAACCAAACAAAGGACCCCAGGUGGACAGGAGGCGGAGCGCCCAGAGGAUAUUCUUGUGUAACGCGUGCCCCAAAAAACUGCGCAGUAAAAAUCAAUAAGCAGGAGGCACGCAUCGAUACAUAAAUGUAAAGCGCCCCCGAGGAGAAGGGAAGAUGUCCGACGAGGAGGAGGAUUCCGUGUCCGAGGGCUUCUCGGCCAGCGAGGACGAGUGGAAGCCGAGCAAGGACGCCAAGGGAGGCGAGUCAUCGGACGACGAUGACAGCGAGUUCGAUGAACUGCAGGCGGAGGGAGGAGGAGGAGCCGCGGGCUCCAGCGGAAGAUCCUCCGCGGUAGCUGGAAAGAAGGGCGAUCACAAGCCGCCGAGCGGCAUCAAGGGCUCCUCGGUGAAGAAGCGCAAGCCCAGUGGUCAAUCCCUGCGCUCCAAGCUGUACAACAAGUACCGACCGCCCCCAAAGACCUUCGCCACUUCACCAUCCCAGCAGCAGCAGCAGGAUAACUCGCCCCGCGCUUCGGGUUCAAAAAACGCGCGAACGCCCAAUGAAAGCGGUGCACGGGAUCAGCACGACCCUGCUGAUUCCAGCAGCGAAUCCAGUGUGGAGGACUACCUGGUGAAUCCCGCCGAUCUCGAUCUGCACUCGACCUUCUUCGCCGGCGGCGGCCAGAAGGAGAAGGAGAAGUCGCCGGCGCCCCAAUUCGAUUGCAAUGCGGGCAUCACGAAUCUCUCGGACUCCGGCUCCGGAUCGGAGGACAACAACGAGAGCAGCUUCGAGGACAAGGCGGGCAAUGCCUUCGACUUUCGCGGUCUCCUGGAGAACGCGAACAGCCUGGAGCGCACCAGAGAUGCCCUGAACAGGAGGAAUGUCACGGCCACUCCGCCGAGGAGUCAGGCCGCCACGAUGGAUGUCAAUGCGCUGCUUGCAUUGGGCGAGAACCAGAACUACCAGAGUGUGGUGGAGGUGGAGGAACGGGAGGGGAAUCAGCGAAGAAGGGCUGGAGGAGCACGAGGAGCACCACCGGCUGCGCCCCCGUCCCUGGAUGAACCGUCGCGCCUGAGCAAGACCAAGUCGACGCGGAUCAAGCGCCACACCAAGACGCGACCCGUGUCCACUGUGGUCGCCAAUGGCGGCGACACCGAUGAUUCCGAUUUUGAGGAAGUGGCAGAUGCCGAUCUUUCCAGCGACGAGGACGACGGCGGCACGCCAAACAUCUCCGGCGACCUGGAGAUCCACGUGGGCCUCCAAAACAUGCGUCCCACCAAGGAGCAGAAGACGCAGCAUGAACUGGAGAUGGCCCUAAAGCGUCGCCUCAACCGGGAUAUCAAGGACCGCCAGUUGCUGAUGCACAAGGUCAGCCUGAUGUGCCAGAUCGCCCGCAGUUUGAAGUACAACCGCCUGCUGGGCGAAUCAGAUACCCUGAUGCAGGCCGCCCUUAAACUCCUGCCCAGCCGGAAUGCCUAUCCCACGGAGCGGGGCACCGAACUCAAGUAUCUGCAGUCCUUUGUCACCUGGUUUAAAACGGCCAUCAAGCUGCUGAGUCCCAAUCUAUAUUCCGAGCACUCGUCGGCCAGCAAAGAGUCCAUUAUAGCGGCUCUGCUGGAGCAGAUCAAGCGCAAGGAAGCACGCUGCAAGCAGGAUAUGAUCUUCAUAUUUAUUGUCCUUGCGCGGGGAAUGGGGAUGAACUGCCGUCUGAUUGUGAAUCUCCAGCCGAUGUCGCUGCGUCCGUCGGCUAGUGAUUUGAUUCCCAUCAAACUUAAGCCGGAUGAGAAGAACAAAAGCCAGACGGUGAAGUCGGAGGAGGAGAGUAGCGAGGAUGAGGAGCCCAAAAAGCAUAAGAAGCCAGCGAAGGCAGCAGAUGCAAAGCGGGAAAAGGUUGGCAGUAAGGCAACAGUUUCCAAAGAGGCUGAAAGCAAAAGCAGUGAGAAAUGUGCGAAGAAGGAGAGCAGUAAACCUGUCAGCAAAUCUUCUUCCAGUUCCAAAACCACAAAAAAAGCUUCAGAAACCAAGGAUACCGAGGUUGUAAAACCCAGUCUCUCCUCAAAACUGGUUCAAAAAUCCAAACAUAAAAGCAAUAGUUCCAGCAAGUCCGAUACUUCUUUUGAAGAGAAACCAUCCAGCUCUAAACCCUUAAAAACGGAACCUCCUAAACCAAAUACAUCCAAAAAAGAGGACAAAAAGGUUGUGAAGCCAAGUCUGUCCUCCAAAUUGGUUGGCAAAUCAAAAGACCAAAAAUCUGAUACUUCAUUUGAGGACAAACCAAGUACCUCGAAGGCGGCUCUUAGUAUUUCCCCCCCAGUGGCCAAGGUCAAACCACAGUCGAGCCUGCUGAAAAGGGUCACCACUCAAAAUAUUGCCGAGGCAGGCGAUAGCAAGAAAUCCAGGAUGGCUCCAUUGGAAGCCUUCUCUCCAGUGGCCGGUCGCACACGCAGGGCCGCAGAGAAACGAGGAGGAGAACCAGAGGAGAAACCACAGUUGAUUGGAUCCCCAGUCUUACCCAAACUUGUGUUGUCCAAGGUGAAGCAGCUGAAUGCCAAGCACAGUGAUGCGGAGAAUGCCAAUCCGUCGGAGAAACCUUCACAGGAGCAACCGCGACGGCGAAGCAAAUCCCCCAAGGUACUCAUCUCUCCGACUUUUCUGGGCAGCAAGUCCGCUGCAGUCGAUCCCAUUCCAGCUCCUCAAAAGAACCAAAAGAGCCCGGAUACCAAGGCCCGAAUUUCUCCCAGUUUUCUGUCUGAAGCUGUGCCCAGUCGUCAGCUGCGAAACCGAGGGCAAAAGUCCAGUUCAUUGGCCAUUCCCCAGUUGGACGGUGGCGACGAUGUGCCGCUGCCGAAAAAGCGCUUACGCCUCGAGAAGCUGAAGAAUUCACAAGAUUCCGAUGAGGUAUUCGAGCCAGCCAAGCCGGUGAAGAAGGCGCCUGUGCUGCCCAAGUCGGUGCAAAAUCUGCGCAAGGAUCGGCGAGUGAUGUCCACGGAUGAUGAGGGCGGUUCGAGAAUUAAGCGGAAGUUGGACGCCUCUGACAUGUGGGUGGAGGUGUGGUCCGAGGUGGAGGAGCAGUGGAUCUGCAUAGAUCUGUUCAAGGGAAAACUGCACUGCGUGGAUACGAUAAGAAAAAAUGCAACGCCAGGAUUGGCCUACGUCUUUGCCUUCCAGGACGAUCAGAGCUUGAAAGAUGUGACCGCCCGAUAUUGCUCUAGUUGGUGCACCACUGUGCGCAAGUCGCGUGUGGAGAAAGCUUGGUUAGAUGAAACCAUCGCGCCUUAUCUCGGGCGUCGCACCAAGCGCGACAUUCAGGAGGAUGAACAGCUGCGCCGCAUCCAUGCCAAUAAACCACUGCCCAAGUCAAUUGGCGAAUUCAAGGACCAUCCGCUUUAUGCUCUGGAAAGGCACUUGCUGAAAUUCCAGGGUCUCUAUCCGCCGGAUGCGCCCACCUUGGGCUUUAUCCGUGGCGAAGCGGUUUACUCCAGGGACUGUGUGCAUCUUCUGCACUCUCGCGAUAUCUGGCUAAAGAGCGCCCGUGUUGUUAAGCUGGGCGAGCAGCCCUACAAAGUGGUCAAGGCGCGUCCCAAGUGGGAUAAGCUCACUCGCUCUGUUAUCAAGGACCAGCCACUAGAGAUCUUCGGCUAUUGGCAAACGCAGGAUUACGAGCCACCUACGGCGGAGAAUGGAAUUGUGCCGCGCAAUGCCUACGGCAAUGUGGAGCUCUUCAAGGCCUGCAUGCUGCCCAAGAAGACGGUGCACCUGAGAUUGCCUGGUUUGAUGCGCGUCUGCAAGAAGCUCAAUAUCGAUUGUGCCAAUGCGGUGAUUGGCUUCGAUUUCCAUCAGGGCGCCUGCCAUCCCAUGUACGAUGGCUUCAUUGUUUGCGAGGAGUUCCGCGAUGUGGUGACUGCCGCCUGGGAGGAGGAUCAGCAGGAGCAGGUCCGCAAGGAGCAAGAGAAGUACGAGGCCCGCGUCUAUGGAAACUGGAGGAAACUGAUCAAGGGUGUCCUCAUUCGCGAGCGGCUAAAGAAAAAAUACAACUUUUGAAUUGCCGGUCCUCUGAUUUAUGUUCGUAUUAUUGUUUCGUGUGAAGUGAUUUUGAUUUUUUUUUACUUGAAGCAUGUUUUGAUUCCAAUAAAUUGUAGGCUUUGAAAAUUGUU